CCACCUGGCAGUCUCAUGCACAUUUUCUGGUUUGCCCAUAUGUUUCUAGUCGAUUUAAACUCUUUUUUUCAUCAUUUAUCAAGUUUGUUUAAUAUGUUGAUUAUUAUUUACAUGUGCAUGAAAUAAAUUAAGUUAAAUAGUACCAUUUCUCAUUAUGGAAAAGGAGCAAUACCGUGAAAGUCGUCAGGGCUUAAAGAUAAGUCAUCUUUGUUUUGGUAUUCCCAGCUCUUUUCAAAUUCAAAAGCAAAGUCAACUACAAUGUGUCAAUAAAACAUUAUACGAUGAUGCAAUCAGCAGUAAAGGUUCAAAAAACAAAGCGGCACCUUACAGUGUGCUUGACACUCGUUUAGGAACAAGUCAGAAUGGGCAAAAAUGUGAAACUUGUGGAGAUGGAUUGGCCGAGUGUGUUGGACAUUUUGGACAUAUUGACCUUGCCUUACCAAUUUUUCAUGUUGGUUAUUUUCGUUUUAUCAUGUCCAUCUUACAAACCAUUUGUAAACGGUGUGCUAGAGUUUUGAUCGCCAAUGAAGUUCGUGUUAAAUAUUUGAACCGUCUCCGUAAACCUGAGCUUAGUUACUUGGAAAAGAAAAGUCUUCACAAAGAAAUCUGUGAUAAAUGUAAAAAAAUUAAAGUAUGUUCCUUCUGUGGUUACCUCAAUGGUACGGUUAAAAAAGUUGGUCUUUACAAAGUUGCUCAUUUAGUGCCAAAACCUACAGUCAGCAGAAAGGAUAAAAAUGCAGAAAUCGAAGAAUUGUCAUCUGAUUUGUUGGGUUUCAUUGAAGAAAACAAAGAAAUGGAAGAUUACAUUCGUCGAUGUAAAGCCGAAUUUUUGGAUCCUCUCCGUGUUCAAAAUCUCUUUAAAGAAAUUCCAACUAGUGAUUAUUGCUAUUUGCUCAUCAAAGAUUUUCACCCAUCAGAUUUAAUAUUAAACAAAAUUCCAGUGCCUCCAGCUUGUAUACGUCCAUCUGUUCUUAAUGAACUAGAAUCAGGAUCAAAUGAAGAUGAUCUAACUAUAAAGUUGAGUGAAAUCAUAUUCGUUAAUGAUGUAAUUCAAAAACGAAGGUCAAGUGGAGCAAGUAUCGCAAUGAUUAUCGAAGAUUGGGAUUUUCUACAACUCCAAAUAGCUCUUUAUAUAAAUAGUGAAACCUCUGGUAUUCCGUUAAAUAUGAGGCCUAAAAAACUUGGCCGAGGACUUGUGCAACGUUUAAAGGGUAAACAUGGACGAUUCAGAGGUAAUCUCAGUGGUAAACGUGUAGACUUUUCUUCUCGGAGUGUAAUAUCACCUAAUCCAAAUCUUAAAAUCGAUGAAGUCGGAGUACCAAAACAUAUAGCCAAAAUCCUAACUUUCCCAGAAAAAGUUACUCCUGCUAAUAUUGCCAAAAUGAAAGCACUUGUCACUCGAGGGGCAGAUGAACACCCAGGAGCCAAUUUUGUAGAAGAUAAAAAGACAGGAAACAAAAUAUUCUUAAAAUAUGCCAAUCGUCGAAAAAUUGCUUCUGAGAUUAAAUAUGGUGAUGUUGUCGAAAGGCAUUUGGAUGAUGGAGAUGUCGUUAUGUUUAAUCGUCAACCUUCCUUGCAUAAACUUAGUAUUAUGUCUCACAAGGCUCGAGUUCAUGAUCAUCGGACUUUCCAAUUUAAUGAAUGUGUUUGUACUCCUUACAAUGCUGAUUUCGACGGAGAUGAAAUGAAUUUGCAUUUACUUCAAACAGAAGAAGCAAAAGCAGAAGCAUACAUCCUUAUGGGUAUUUUAUCCAAUAUCAUCACACCUCGAAAUGGAGAACCAUUGAUUGCUGCAAUUCAAGAUUUUAUCACCGGAGGUUACCUUCUUACUCAAAAAGAUUCAUUUUUUGAUCGAUCUAAAGCGUGUCAACUUAUCAGCUCCAUUCUUGGCGAAGCUCAAGGCAUAGACAAAAUCAUUCUUCCUCGUCCAUGCAUUCUUAAACCUAAAGCACUUUGGAGUGGUAAACAAAUAUUCAGCUUAAUAUUGAAACCCGUGGAAGAUGGUAAUCCUGGCUUAGAUCUACGAACUAAAUCACGAAAUUAUUCUGGUAAAAAUGAAGAGUUAUGUGCAAAUGAUGGAUUUGUAAAUAUUAGGGAUAGUGAACUUCUUUGUGGGACAAUGGACAAAGCAACUCUUGGUUCUGGAAGCAAAACCAAUGUUUUUUACAUCAUGCUGAGAGAUCUUAAUGCUGCUGCAGCUGGAAUGGCUAUGUGGAGAUUAGCUCGCGUAACUAGCUAUUAUUUAGCUAAUCGUGGAUUCUCCUUGGGAUUAGAGGAUGUAACACCCACUGAGCAAUUACUUUAUUCCAAAAAAUCUCUCUUAACCACUGGCUAUCGAAGAGUGAAUGAAUACAUUUCUGAUCUUAAAGACGGAAAACUCGAGAGAUUACCUGGAAGAUCAGCGGAAGAUACCUUGGAAUCUAUGAUCUUGAAAGAAUUAUCAGUCAUUCGAGAUCAUGCUGGUAAAAGCUGUCUUAAAGAGUUGUCAGUAGAUAAUGCAGCUUUAGUCAUGGCUAUGUCAGGAUCUAAAGGAUCUCUUAUCAAUGUUUCACAAAUGGUUGCCUGUGUUGGUCAGCAGGCUAUUAGAGGUGGUCGAGUUCCUGACGGAUUUGGCGGACGUUCUUUACCUCAUUUUGCACACAGAGACAAAUCUCCACUCGCAAAAGGAUUUGUUGAGAACAGUUUCUAUUCCGGUUUAACUGUGACUGAAUUUUUUUUCCACACCAUGGCUGGUCGUGAAGGUUUACUUGAUACUGCUGUUAAAACUGCUGAAACUGGUUACAUGCAAAGACGUCUAGUUAAAGCACUAGAAGAUCUUGUCUCUCAUUAUGAUGGCUCAGUUCGUAAUUCUAGAGGUGAAGUAAUCCAAUUCAUUUACGGUGACGAUUCUCUAGAUCCAGCAUGCAUGGAAGACAAUGACAAACCAGUUAACUUCGAUCGUAUGAUGUUACACGUUGCUACUACUCAUCCAAGUGAAAUCGACCCGUCUCUGGAUCCAGGAAUGCUCAUCGAAAAGUCUAAACAGCAGAUUGAUCGAUGGUCUAGUAAUAUAUCUGAUUCGUUUAAAACAGAAGUGAGGUUGUACAUUGAAACUUUAGCUAAUAAACUAGCUAAAUUUCGUAGCAAUUAUAUUUGUGAUGAUUUUAAUAAUGUACUUGGACAAGUUGGUAGGAUAACUGAAUCUCAAUUGAUUCAGUUUUUAACUUGCUGUGAAGACAAAUAUCUAAGAGCCAAACUGGAACCAGGAACAGCUGUCGGUGCAAUCUGUGCUCAAAGUAUUGGUGAACCUGCCACCCAAAUGACUUUGAAAACCUUUCAUUUCGCUGGAGUUGCAUCCAUGAAUAUUACUCAAGGAGUGCCUAGAAUCAAGGAAUUAAUAAACGCUAAUAAAACUAUAUCAACACCAGUUAUUAGAGCAGCUUUACUAGAUCCCAAAAAUGGAGAAGAAGCUCGAGCGGUGAAGAUGAGACUUGAAAAAACUACAUUAGGACAGAUAUGUGAAUUUAUAGAGGAAGUAAUUCUUCCUGAUGAUUGUUUCGUUCUCAUCAAACUUUACAUGGAUCGAGUUAAAUUAUUAAAACUCGAGGUUGACGUCAAUUCAAUUUCUAGUUCUAUUUUGAGGUCAUUGAAAAUUCAAUCUCAUCGCAUCAAAAUUUACGGCCGUAAUCUUAUUCAAGUUCAUUCUGGUUCACCUUCCGAACUUUGGCAGUUACGAGAAAGUAUCUGUAAUGUUGUUGUUAAAGGAAUACCUUCACUGAAAAGAGCUGCUAUUAGAAUGGAAGGAGAAGCUGAAAAAUCUAAACAUUAUUUGAUGAUCGAAGGAGAAGGAUUAAGAGAUGUUAUGGCAACCUAUGGCGUUGAUCCCAAUCAUUCUUACUCAAACAAUGUCAUGGAAAUAGCUUCUUGUUUGGGUAUAGAAGCUGCACGUGCUUCCAUAAUCAAAGAAAUUAAAGUUACCAUGGAAAACCAUGGUAUUAGCAUCGAUUCUCGCCACUUAAAGCUUCUAGCAGAUACAAUGACUUAUAGAGGUGAAGUCUUGGGUAUAACGAGAUUUGGUCUGGCAAAAAUGAAAGAAUCUGCUUUGAUGCUUGCUUCGUUUGAGAAAACUGCUGAUCAUUUGUUCGAUGCUGCUUACUUCUGUCAAAAAGAUCCUAUCCUUGGUGUGUCUGAAUCAAUCAUAUCAGGAAUGCCCAUUCGAAUUGGAACUGGUUUCUUUGAUUUGAUCAGAAAACAAGAAUUUAAUAAAUCACAAUAUUUCGACCGAAAACUUAUCUUUGAAGAUGAAGAGCUCCAUGAACCGUUUAACUUUGAAGUUGAUCCAAGAUACUUCCAAGAAUAGUUGGACAUUUUAAAUUGUAAAACAAAAUGAACCAUUUGAGCUGUUUGUUUUGUUUUCGCGCAAUAAAUUGUUUUUACAUAGCUUUUAUUAUUAACUUUAUUCUGUCUAUUCCUCGACUAUAUCACUAUGCCACUAUCAUGAUGUAUUUAAUAUUUUUAUCAUCGCCUUACAUAAUUAAAGAAAUCUAAAUUAAAAUGAAAAAAUGUUAACAUUUGAUAUUAUUUGAUAUAUUUGGUAAUGAUAUUGAAAUAAUAAAUUUGAACUGAGCACACUUA